AUGUGUGCAAAAUUGCAAUUGUGUGCAAAAUUGAUAUAUUUGACACCAUAUCAGCAUAAUCUUCAAUAUUUUCUGGAAGAUAUACUAGAAACCAUCAUAAGUGCCAAUGGUUUGCAAUUAACAGCUGAAGCAUUAAAAUAUUUUUGCUUAAAACUUGGAAUCAAACAUAUAACAACAGCGCCAUUUCAUGCAGCCUCAAACGGGUUAGCCGAACGAUUCGUCAGAUCUUUUAAAACUGCUGUUAAGAAAAACAUUGACGAUGGAUUGUCUCUCAAAUUCGCUGUAUCAAAAUACCUUGCAACAUAUCGUGCAAUGCCGAAUGCUGAAGGUAAAUCACCUGCUGAACUUUUACAUGGAAAAGUUGAGUCCACUUUUUUAGAUGACAGUGAUUGUUCACUGGAUGAACCGCAACAUAUAGCCGAAGAAUUUGAAAUGCAUAAACGAAACUAUUAUAUGGAAAAACUAAAUCAAAAUAAUAUAACUAGUCAGCAAAAGCGGGAGUAUGCUUACCGGUAUAUAACAGCUUUACAAUGGAAUUUAGAUUAUUAUUACCGUGGUGUUCAAUCAUGGGACUGGUAUUAUCCUCACCAUUAUGCGCCUUUUAUUAGCGACCUUAAGGAUUUUAAAGAUUUUAAAAUUGAAUUUAAUAUAGGUGAACCAUUUUUCCCAUAUGAACAGUUACUGGCUGUUUUACCUGCUGCAAGCAAACAAUUACUACCAUUGGCAUACCAAGAUUUAAUGACAAAUUCCAAUAGUGAAAUUAUACAUUUUUAUCCUAAAACUUUUGAUACAGAUCUUAAUGGCAAGAAACAUGAAUGGGAAUCCAUAGUGCUUAUACCGUUUAUAGAUGAGAAACUUUUAAUUAAUGCUAUGAAACCUUGUAGUGUUAACUUAACACCACAAGAAAUUGAACGUAAUAAAUUUGGUCCUAUGCUGAAAUAUGAUUAUACUUCAUCAGCACAGGGAAAAAUAUCUGGUAUAUAUACAAUGGAGGCAAUUCAAAAAGUGUUUUGUUUUGAGAAAGAAGUUUGGUCACAUGAGAUUGCUAUAUCAUCUAGUGAUACAGUUUGUACAAAAUCAUCAAAUGCAUCAAAUAACGUGUUCUUCCCUGGUUUUCCAACCAUGAAACACUUAAAUUAUAAGUUUGAAUUUAAACCUCAACGUGUUAAAGUUUUCGAUCAACCUAGUCGUGGCGAUAAUUUAAUUUUAAAACCACAAAAACGGAAUGAAUUUGAUGACGUUUAUAAAGUAGCAGAAAAAUUCUUAGGGCAAACUGUAUAUAUAGGAUGGCCACAUUUAAUGAAAUCAACAGUAGCAACUGUAUUUAAUAAUGAUGUAAUUAUAAGUAAAACUGGAAUUAAAGAAAAUGAUCCAAAACAAUUCCAACUAAAUGUUAAGUCAACACAGGAACAUUUGUUAAUGCGUAUGGGUAUCGAGCUUGAGGACUAUGAUGUUAUGAUGCAAGUACAUGCUUAUGUUGGUAAAGCAUAUAUAUGCGGCGCUAUGGGAAAAAUAGUUCAAAAUGACGUAUGGAGCCCUUUAACAACCAACUAUCCUGUUCAGUGUGUUGUUCCUGAAAUAUCACUAAUACAAAACAAAAACAUUGGCGUACAAAAAAUAGAGGAAUUUUUUCCUGUAGGCACAUUAACAUUUUAUUUAGGAAACAAAUAUCAUGCAUGUGCAGGUGAAGUAAUAGAUCCUAUGACAGCUUAUAUAAAUGGGCGUAUAUGUUUAAGGAUUCUAUCUUACAAAUAUCCAGAUUUUACUGAAGCAAUAGAACUCCAUAAUGGUUUAAAAGAAAAUUAUGUAAAUUCAUAUAACGCAUCAUCUAUCAUAGGAAUAAGUCCAAAGUGUUUAGGUCGUAUAACUGGUACUGUUUUGGUUGUAGCAGGUGUAAGAAGAAAUAAGAAUCUAGAAAACGUGCCUAAAUUAAAUAUUGGUCUACAAUUAAAAUUCCCGAAACAACAAGAAGAACGGAUUGGAUAUGCACGCUGUUUGAGAAACCAAUGGCAUUAUUCAUCAAAAGCAAUCGAGCUUGUUAAAAAUUAUUUUAUUCAAUAUCCCCAGGUUUUUGAAUAUUUAAAUUUAUUAUCAGACAAAAACGGAUUAAUAUUUGAGUCGGACAUAUUUCCGGAUAAUUUGGGAGAACAUUAUAUUGAAAAGAUUGUGACAUGGAUAAAAUCUCAAGAUCAUAAUACAUCAGAUAGAAUAGUAUGUGGAUCUGAAGUUGCAGAAAAAGGUUCUGUUGAAAUGGUUAUUCGAAUCAUAAAUGAUAUAAAGAAUCAUCCAUUCAAAGAAAUUAAAGCAUAUGUAAAGCCACACUUACUAAUAAAGCCAGAUGUGACGCUACCGUUAAUGUAUAAAUCACCUAAACCAAUUAAACUCUUUGACAGAGUUGUAAUUGUUAAGACGACAUAUAUGGUAAAUAUAAUAUUAUAAAAAUUAUUGUAUAAGUA